AUGUCGAAAAAUGAAAACAAAGAUGAUCUUUUAUCUAAAAAACACGAGCAUAAUUCUUCUAACAAUAAACAACAUAUUUCAUCCGAAAAUUUUGACGGUAAAGAAUUUACGUUAGUAGAUCCAUCGGGUACAUCCCAUAAAGCCAUAUUAUUUAUUGAGAAUAAAGUCCCGGAAGCAAAUUCGAGUGAUAAAAAAAAGAAUGAUCAAAAUAAUCAAGAAAAGGACAAGCAAGAACAUGAUCGACAAGAAAACCACAAAAUUAAAUCUGAGGAAGCUGAAAGAAAAUUUAGAUAUGAGGAAAGGAAACAAAAUAAUCAAGAUACAAAUAAAGAUGAAAGGAAGAGCAGCGAUGCGCUAAAAAAUUCUAUAAAAGAUACAAAUAAAAAUGAAAGGAAAAGUAGCGAUGCGCAAAAAAAUUCUAUAAAAGAUACAAAUAAAGUUUCCAUUAAGCGAGGUCAAAAAUAUGAAGAAGAAGAAGUGGAGACUCUACCAUAUAGCCCAUAUAAAACUCAAUUACCUCCAACUUUUAUGGCACCUUCAUUAACAUUUCCACCAACUGGUAUUCCAACUGGCGUUCCACCAAUUGGUGUCCCUUCAACUGGCUUCAUUCCAACCAAUAUACAGCUACCUGAUCAACCGAUACAGCAGUCUUUAACAGUUCAACCGAAUAUAUCACAAAAUGAGACAGCCGAUCGAAGUGCAAUUAUUGCUUUACAACAACAAAUUCCAGGAUUGACGCCCAAUGAAGCAAUGGCUACGAUUCAACAAUAUCAACAACAGGGAAUUCCACCAGAAAUACACAACAACAAAUCCUGGUUAGAGGAAAAGUUAUCGAAUUACAAGAAUUUGGACCUGAAAAAAUGGAUGUUGAUAAUUGAUGGGUGA